AAAUCAUAACAACGUACCUUGGCCUCCAAUACUUGCACUAAUAUAAAAAAUAUAAGUACCAUAAACAAUUUACUACUGUAGUUUAUUGGUUGCACGUAAUCCUUAUUUACAAUUUCUCAAAAACAUAAUUUGUGUUCGGUUCUUAGUUCACAGUUGAAGCAUACGUAAAUUAUGUAAAAGUUUAUGUCUAGUUGAAGGCAGCGACUCGGUCGCUAUGUGAGCGUGUUAUGAGUGAAAGGUUCUGAAAUGUCGUGGGGGUAAUUUGGACAAUUUGGCUGUAAUCAAUCAAAACAAUGGUUCCUGCACCGAGCUGCCCCAAUACCUGGGACUACUGGACGACGUCCCCGUCCUAUAUAGUGGAUUUAACAUGUCUGCUGCCCAACUCUGUUUACAUUCCUAUUACACCAAAUUGGGACGCAACAUUGCACGAUGUGAAGGAGGAGCUAUGGAUGAAAGCGGCGAGAUAUCCCUUAUUUGGGAUGCUGCACGAGAUGUCAGACUAUGUGUUCCAAUUCAUAAACUCGUUGGCGGUUCUCGAGGAGGUGAACGAUGAGAACAAACGCCUCCGAGACAUCAAACCCACCUUUGGGGUGCUCAAGAUCGUGGAACGGUCUAUGAGGCCCGGGGAACAGUUCCUUAAUAUGCAAAUAAGUCAUUUAAUUGGAAAAGGUCUAAAUGAGUUUGACAACCUCCGAAGUUCAGAAGUGAACGACUUCCGGACCCGAACCCGGUACAUAGCUGAGGAGAGUCUCGUGAAGCGCGCCAGAGCGACCCCACUAGAGAGGCUGCGGUACCAAUGUCCACCGAGAUUAGCCAAGAGUCAUAUCGUGCAUCGGACGUUGCAGAGUCAUCUUAGUAGCAACAAAUUCUAUUUGACCACCACCGUCGUUGAUAUAGACUUCUCCACCACGACCCACGCGCCAGCGAUAUCCACGCCCAAGCAGCACAUAGAAUACAUUCUACACAAAAAGGUCAAAGAGUACUCCAUGCGGCACUCCAGUCACAAAUACGUGCUGAAAGUGGCCGGGCGCGAGGAAUACCUAUUAGGAGACCACCCGCUGAUACAGUUUCUCUAUAUACAGGAGACGUUGUUGAGAGACGAAGUGCCGCAUGUGAUGAUUGUCAAUAUAGACAAGCUGUCGUUGUCGGUUGGCGACUCCCGGUACCUAGUAGAAUCAAGAGGGAGGCUAGCCUCCGAGCCUCCUACCGGCACCAUGCGGAGGAUACGUCAAGAAGAGUACCUCUCCUCAUGGAGCGUGGAACAGAACUACACGUGCACCGUGCAAAGCGUUGGGGGUCUCAACGUGGACACCAACAAACUUGUCGAGGUGGUCUGCCAAGCCGGUAUCUUCCACGGCGGGAAGCCUAUCUGCGAACCUCAGAAGACUACAAUGGCGCCCGUAUCGAACGAGGGCGUCGCGCGAUGGGACCAAGCUCUCACCUUCCCGAUCAAAGUGCUGAACAUACCGCGCAUGGCGAGGCUGUGCUUCGUCAUAUAUUCCACGUCAGAGGUCUACAAGAGUAAUAAAAGCAAGAAGGGGAAGAAGGACACCACAAAGGACGACAUAAACAAAUUAGCGUGGGCGAACACAAUGAUAUUCGACUACAAGAACCUCCUCCGGACGGACGGCGUCACGCUAUUCAUGUGGACGUACGUCGCCGACGAAACACAAGACGAGAUGCUCCUACACCCGCUGGGUACCGUCGUGUCCAAUCCCAGCACGGAUUCAUGCGCGGCUCUGCAAGUGCGCUUCUCAGACUACGAAUGUCCCUACCAAAUAAUGUUUCCGUCGCCCGACGCAGUGAGAGAACGCGCCGAGUUCCCGGAGAACGGCUCGCCGGAGGUAGUGGCGCGGUUAGCGCGAGAUCUAGACUCGCCGCUGUACAAGGACCCCCUCUACGAGAUGCACGAACUCGAAAAGAAGGACAUCUGGGCUUCCAGAAAAUACUUCCGCGACGCAGCACCCCAGCUCCUAUCCAAGCUCCUCGCGUGCGUGGAGUGGGGCGAGCAGGCGGACUCGGCCAGCGUGGCGCACAUGAUGUCGGAGUGGCCCAUGCUGCCCGUCGAGUCCGCGCUCGAGCUGCUCGACUACGCGUACGCCGACGCGGCCGUCAGGAGCUUCGCCGUCAAGUGCCUCGCUAAGAUCACGGACGAAGAACUCCUCCUCUACCUGUUACAACUCGUGCAAGCGUUGAAACACGAGUCGUACCUGAUGUGCGACCUAGCUCUGUUCCUCCUACAGCGCGCCUUCAACAACAUGACCAUCGGACACUAUCUCUUCUGGCAUUUAAGGUCGGAAAUGCACGUAUCAUCUGUUGCAAUACGAUUCGGAUUGGUCCUGGAAGCGUACUGCCGCGGCAGCCAAGACCACGUGGACACUUUACUACGACAGAUCAGUUGUUUGGAUAAACUUAAGUGGCUGAAUAACAUGGUGCGCAAGCGGAACAAAGAGAGCAUAAACAAAGCGCGAGCCGCCAUACUGUCGCUGCUGCAAGAGGACCACUGCCGCGAGACGCUCUGCAACUUCGUGUCGCCGCUCAACCCCAGCUUCGUGUGCAAAUCUGUCAGACCGGAGAAGUGCAAGGUGAUGGACAGCAAGAUGCGCCCCCUGCAGCUCGAGUUCGAGAACAUCGAGUCGUGCGGGCAGGAUAUCCGGAUCAUCCUCAAGAUCGGGGACGACCUGCGCCAGGACAUGUUCACGCUGCAGAUGCUCAGGAUCAUGGACAGUCUGUGGAAGAACGAGGGAUACGAUUUCCGAUUGAACCCCUACAACUGCAUAUCGUUGGACAACGCGGUCGGCAUGAUCGAGGUGGUGGACGAGGCGGAGACGGUCGCCAACAUACAGAAGGCUAAAGCCAAUUUCAACGUUGCCUCGACCAUAUCCAAAGCCAAUCUGUUCCAAUGGCUCCGCGAUAACAACCAAUCAGAAUCCAGCUUUAACAAGGCAGUGGAAGAGUUCACGAUGAGCUGUGCGGGCUACUGCGUCGCCACCUACGUCAUGGGCAUCGCCGACCGCCACCCGGACAACAUCAUGGUCAAGAAGAAUGGACAGCUAUUCCACAUAGACUUCGGCCACUUCCUCGGGCACUUCAAGCAGAAGUUCGGGUUCAAGCGCGAGCGCGUGCCGUUCGUCCUGACGCACGACUUCAUACACGUCAUCAACAAGGGCGAGCGCAGCACCGGGGUCAACGAACCGUUGCACUUCAAGAUAUUUCGGGAACACUGUGAAACGGCCUUCAAGAUUCUUCGGCGGCACGGGCACCUGAUCCUGUCCCUGUUCUCCAUGAUGAUCUCCACGGGUCUGCCGGAGCUCAAGUCUGAGAAGGAUCUGCAGUACCUUCGAGAUACCCUCGUACUAGACUUAUCAGAAGAAAAAGCGCUCGAGCACUUCCGGCUCAAGUUCACCGAGGCCGUCAAAAACACCUGGAUGACGUCCUUCAACUGGGCCUUCCACAACUUCGACAAGAACAACUGACAGCGGCCCGGCCACCGGCGGCGGCCGCCGUCCAAGUACUCCCCGCAGACGCUGUAACCGCCGCUAGGGACUACCGAAUAAGGUUCAAUUUGCUGGGAGGAUUGAGUGCGCAUACGACCUUUUUAUACAGAGAAAAGUCCGUGCGUUGAAAUUUCAACUCUGUGAGUAAAUGUAUUAGGUUCAAAUUCCCAAUAAACGCCCAUAAAUGGUGCAAGGAACGCUUCAGGUGUCGCCUUGAGUGUAUUGAAACUCAUCACGGUUUUGUGUGUCGUAGCAAUAGAUCUGUGUUUAUUUAAAUCUUAUUGGUUCUAGAAGGGAAGCUAGAAAGCCGGAAAUGUAGAAAUAGUUGUUUGUUUUACAAGGGGGCAAAGUUGUUGUUUAACCGCUCGUGCUAAUAUUGAUACCCGAGCAAGCGAAAAAUUCCAAAAUUGGAAAGCAGGUUCGAAAAAUGGAAUCUUGAGGGUGCGAGGGUUUCAAAGCACGAGGGUUAAACAACAUUUGCCCCGAGUGAAACUCAAUAUUUUUCACCACACCAACCCGAAGCAAAUAUUAAAUGUAAAAUAUCAAACAAAAUCAAAUCCAAAUUAAUGUUAUUAAAUAUUUAUCAUCCAAAAUCAUCAUUUAAAAGUCAAUUCUACCAGCAUACAUAAGCAAACAACUCAAAAUUUGCAUUUGAUUACUUUGCCUCACAUGUGAAUGAAAUGCAACUUUGCUAUCAGUUUUUGAAGUGCAAAGUACGCCCUUCCGAGCUGGCGUGGUGAAAAUUAAUAAAGAGGCUUAGAAAGAGAUCGAGUAUGGAAUUAACAAAGUGUCUCCAGUAACCUUUCAAAAUACCCCUUAUCAAAGUACCAAUUUGUAUACUUUAUAGUAGAUUGCUACAUGCGUGCUCAAUUCUCCACUUGCUACAUGCGUGCUCAAUUCUCCACAGUAACUAGUUAAAGAGCAUAAUGCUCGCCGCAGUCAUACUUAAGUGCGAGUAAGAGGAUAUAUAGAUAAAUAUUCAACGUUUAGGAUUCGGGCUGGUUGCGUUUUUUGCGUGAAUAGCGAAAUUGUAUGGGUGCGAGGGAAAGUAGACUUUAUUUAAAUUGUAAUUAACGUUAUAAUCGAUGGACUGGAACUGCGGCGAGCAUAUAUUUAAUAUAGUCUGUUACAAGUUUUGUUACGUUUUCGAAACGACUUCGAUUGUAUCAAAAUAAUGCAUUUUUUAAAGGCCAAGAGUGUAUGCUUGAAGUUCAUCACAAUUUCGAUAACGUAACAAAUGUAUAUUAUGUAGUUAUAGGAGCAGAGGAGCUCAAAAAUUCGCUUAAGCGACCCAUCGAGUGUAGAAAGUUAGGCGGAGUAUUGAAGUCGAUUCGGAGUCGCCUCGGCAGGUCGCAGCGGUCACUAGGCUGUGAUAACGACGCGAGAUCAGGAGAAGGCUGAAGGCCUGUGCACACUGGAUGCGUGCAGUAGACGUGCACGUGCGCGUUGUGAUAUAUAGACCCCUAUUAAAGACGGCACACAGCUUGCGUGAUGUGUGCGUUUAGCAAACGCGGCCGGUGUGCAUUGGCCUAAACUAGGUGUUGAUUGUGUUUGGAGUUAGUGUUAGUAGUUCAUGUGGCAAAUGUAGGCAAAUGCGGCGGACAUCCGACACCGCGCGGUUUCUAUUUAGGUCAAGUAUCAGAUUAAACUUUAAGGUUUAGGAAUUUGGAUCGAUCGUUUUUCGUGUAGUUUUUAAGAGUUUGUGUACUCUAGUGAAAUGUUUUCGUAAAGGGAAGGGAAGUAUGGCGAUGUACGGACCGCCGCGACCGGGCUCCUCUGGUUGUAUAUUGUUACGCCAUUAACUAUAUAAAUCAUGCAUUAUAGACGUAACUUUUGCACCCACUAGCUUUUUUAAAUGUCCCUGAUACAGGGUGAUCGCACUGUUAAAACUAAAGAGACGCAAUCUUCUCAGUUGAGGCCUAGCGGUGUUCGCACCCUGUAUAUUUUCGAUGGGGAUUUAUCAUAGUUUUAGCAGUAUUAUAUCGAUCAUAAUGUAAGUAUCGAUUUAGGGUGAGAAGCUAUUUUUAAGUUUUUUAUAACUUCAGGCUACCUCAGGGUGUGGUGUACUAACGCGAACUCACUGAACACUCGCAAUAUUUCAAUUGUCUUAGUUCCCCCCGUCACAUGUAUUAUAUUAUGGUCACUUCAGACUAUUAUAACUUUAAGGGUCGGUCGCACCAAACCGUCACCGCCAUAACUCAUAACGUUCUCUAAAUUUUAUUCUAUCGAAAUUUCCAUAGUUCUCUGCUGUGUGACGUUGAUCAGUCCGUCGAGUGUGGUUGGUGCCACUGGGCCAUAGUGAAAUGACAGAGUUUUUACUAGCUAGACUACUAUAGUUGUUGCGAUGACAAGGAUUAAUAAAACAUGUACCAUCAUCCACACUUAACUGACAAAUCUAAACCUUAUAUAUUUGCAAAUAAGGUCCACCGUAGCCGUACAUAUACUUUGACCGCCAAAGCCGUCAACUGGCGCGCGGCUUCAGCCUAAUAUCAACCUUCGUGCAUUGCGACAAAGUUCAUGAUGCCACGAUAGGUGUGGCGUUAACCUCGUAAGCAACACGGUCCUACCGAUAGUUCUUAUUAAGCUCGAUGGAAUUUAAAUCAUUUUCAAUUGGAAUAGAGUUGCAUUUGCUUUGUUUUGUUUAUUUCAUGCAAACCAAAAUCAAGACUAUUUCUUACACUAUAGGUUCUAAAGGUUUUGUUUCUUGUAUGGCUGGGCUUUAGGAGGUGAAGAGUAUUGCUGUUACUAUUAGUGCUAUCCUUGUCGUUGCCGUUGACACUAAACAUUUACCUUGUUUCAGAAUGUUAUAAGCGUGUGAUUCACUAUAACUGGCAUCUUAGAAUGAAAUUGAAUGAAAACAAUGUGACUGAAUGGUACUUGGUAUGAUUCACAGUUAUAGAUAUCAUUAGUUCAUUCAUUUAAGCCAGUUUGGUACAUUGAACUGUAUGAGAAAAUCUAUCUUUGCUUUAUUGACGAUUAAUUGUUAUCUAAACAUAAUUUUUGGCCGCUUUGAGCUUGUUAUAGCUCUUUCGGGUUUAGUCCAGUAAAAUUUAUAGAAAAUAAUAGUCUCACGACUACGUAUCUCUCGACGCUUAUAAUCGAACGAGAUAUACCAAUAGAUACCAGUGACUAUAAGAUGGUAACUUAUUAACAAAUUCAAUAUAAAAAUCUUAACUGGUAGUGUGACCAGUUACCUAGCUCAACUUAGAUCACUAAAAUAAUGAAAUUUAGCACUGAAUGGGACGCCUUAGUUUACUAAACGUCGAUUACUGAUACGAAUAUGCCUUACCGAUUAACAGUGAAACCUGGAUAAUUGGAAAAACUUCUUUAAUUGCAGACAAGUGGCCGGCCUCGGUCCCUUAGUACGAUAAGACCUCUAAAAUAACUGAAAUUAUGGAACCUCUUUAACACAAAAUUGGCUACUUUCCUACUAGCCAAAUCAGCUUCUGUUUUAGAACUGUCAAAACGAUUUGCUAAUAUGGAAUUUAUAUGAAAACGUGUGUAGUGACGUCACAGUCAACUCACCUACUUUUUAUACUUCCAUCCGAUUUUUUAAAUAGAAAUUGUGUUUAAAAAUAACUGCUAUCUAUGUUUUUCUAAUAAUGAUCUGGUGCUUUAUUUCGUGCACGGUGUGAAAUAAUUUAUUUUAAGUAGAGGAAAGUACCCAAUUGCCGGUCGCUUGAGAUUUCAACUAUCCAGGUUUCACUGUACUUUAGAUUUAAGUUAUUACAACACACUUAGCAAAUUAGCGUUAAUGAUCUAAUUGAUCUACGUCAGUGUAUUUAAUUGAUGGAUUCGCCGAAUAUCACAACACGUUUGGCAAUUGUGUAUCAAUUAAUGGUUCAAAAAAGCUACCGCAUUUAUUGUGUCUUGAGGAAAAGUUUUUUUGACGAUAUAGUUGUAUUAGCUGAAAUAUUAUUUAGGCUGGUUGCCGUAAAAUCAAUAUUUUAGGGGCUUAUUUCCAGUGAUCGGGGAUUUGGUUGCCACUAGGGGUAAAUAAUGUUUUUUUUUUUAUCUUAUGAAAUGUUUUUAGUAGGUAAUAAAAAGCAUAGUAAUUUUUAUUUUUACCUCGCAAAGGAUACAUUUAGUAUAUGUAGAAAACUUAAGAAACGAAAACCCGUUCUGAGCUAUGACCUUAGGUAAUUGUAUUUCAAAAAUAUUAAGAUAGCGUUUUUGUGAAAAAUUCAAUCCAUGUUGUGGGCUUACUCCCGCAUCCAUACAAAAAGUCCUACUAGAUCUCGCGGCGUGGCAACCAAAUCCCCGAUCACUACUUAUUUCAUAAUAAAUAUUAUUAUUUGAUAAUAUUAGAAGUUUGCCAACGUAAUAAUUCUAAUAUUAUCAGGUAAUAUUUUUAUAACUGGUCUCCAGGAAUUAAUUCAAACUAAAAAUGGGCAAAAAAUAAUUCACUGUUUUCAUGUGUUCAAUGUCAUUGCUAAUUCUGAACCGUACGAUAAAAGACAGUAGACGCAUUCAAUAUUACCUCAAUUUAAUGAUAACAUAUCAAUCAGCGUUUCUAGAUUAGUACAUGGUAAAUGCACUUGUUUGCCGACAUCCUAUUGCCGUCAAACAGCCGGUAUAUGUCACAAUUAGAGUGUUUUACUGAGUAAGGACUUAAUUUUGAACGCCAUAUACGGCUAGCAUAUGGUACACGUCGAAUGUUUUUUUAACCCCUGGAGUUCAGGAGUCUAAAUUUGCUAGCCCAAAAACUACCUUGUGGUUUUCAAUUUAUAAUUGAAUUUUGAGUGUCAUUUCGUUACGAUAUAUCACGCCUGCUGAACUUGAGGCUUAAGAAAGCAAAUUAAACAUUAGUUUCAAUCAAAAAGUGUUGGUAAUUUGGAAAAUCUAAACUUACGUAUAGAUAAUUAUAGUUUUCGACGGCAUACCAAUAGAUGUCAAUGGCGUUCUAGUCUAAUUUGGUGUUCAUAAUAACCUCAAUUAUCUAUACAGCACAGUAUAAUAAUGUAUUAAUAAUUUCAAUAGAAUUCACUAAAUUAUGAAAAUAAUUUGCAGUGACUAAUAAUGUUAUAUUUGAUAUGUUUAUGGGUUGUUUGCGGUAAAGCCGCCGCUAUGGACACCGUCUGGCGUCUAAAGGAACGCUUGUAAUGAGAACGCUGUGGUUGUGGUUUCACUAGAUCAGUAAACCUUACGGUACCGAAUGUGGAGUACCUACCGAUCAUAAAAUCUUUCAGACUUGCGCUUUUUUGCGUGUGACAUGAUAAAACAGAAGUUAAAAUUGAAAUUUCCAUGGGGUUUGUGAUAGAGUUGACGCGCUCGUAUGUACCUCUCAUCGCCGAAUUAGAUCGAAAACCAACACCAUCACAAGUACGCAAAAUUAGCACAUUUGCCAAAUGCUGAUACGCGCAAAUAACGCUAGUCUGAAAAGCUUAGCCGGCUUAUUAGCCGGCAUUUCGGGAUGCACUUACGAUUUUAGUCUUCAAGUUACAUACAAUUAAGCUCAAAAUAUCUACCAUAGCGUAGUAGUCCACUGAACUGCCAUUUAGCAUCGCAUAGUCUGAGAGCAUUCACGUAGAAAUAAUAGUACCUAGCAGUAAGUUGGUCUUCUGACUUUACAAAUUGUCGCGUUAAGCAUACCCGACAUAUAUAUCUGUAUUCGAAAAUUCGUUCAAUUGUGUACCUUAUCGUUUGACACCCAAGAUAUAUAAUUGAGUGACUUUUCAAACAUAGAUACGGCAGAUAUGCUUACCGCGGCAAGCACAUGUUUCAUAAUCUGACACUGACUGCAGUAAUUAUACGAAUAUGUUAUAAUAUUAACGUUUACAUAUUUUUGAGUGGCGUCUUAGCGAGUUACAUUUUAUUCCUAGCAUAGUUAGAUUGUGAGAGUUUGCUCUGCAUAAUAUACCAAGUAUUGACACUGAAACAUCACAGUUUACUUGUCACGACUAGCCGAGUACGUAUUCAAAGAACAUAGGAUAAAAUAUAAUAUAAUUUAUAGAAUGUACGAAUGACUAAGACUUGAAUUUUUGUAAUUUGUACCAUGAUAUGUAUUUGAAUCGAUCACAAUUGUGUUACCGGUUUUUUCGUGAAUGUAAACUAAUCUUGUUAGAAUAGAAAUCAAGUCAGACGAAGCCACCGCGUACUUCCGAAAUACCAUUACCUUCCGUAUCUUACAAUAGAAGAGCAUUCAUGCUAUAUUUUAUAAUUGAUAUUUAACUCUCGAUACGCCACCGUAAGCCUAUUUACCGCUAAUAAAUAAAUAAGCAAUAAUUAUAGUGAGAUGAACAAAAACUCCAAUUCGAACUAGCCUACUCGCCAGAUAUAGACACUAAACAAUAGUAAUAGAUUAGACUAUACAUACCAUAGUAUCUACACCCGAUUACAUAUAAUACAUUAAUAAAUAAUUCCAUGAAUUUAUAGUAUAAUCUUAAAAUAUAACGAAUAAUGCACGUCUUGAGAUUAUUGGAUAACGGCAGUCAUAUAGUUACAAUAUCUUAGAGGGUCCCGAAUCGUAUCACCGUCGGUUUAGCCAUAUGCCUAGGUAUUACCAGACUCAUAGACUAAAAUAUAACCCGGAAUGCUUCCUAUGUAGUGCUAAAUAUCUCAUACGUUUACCUAUAGUUUUAAUACGAUUACAGACAAGAGUUUCGUUUGUGCAAUGUAAAUAAUACCGUUAUUUUAUUUAUAAAUAUGAUUAAGCAUGGUCGAGAUAGCUUUCAUUUAUGGGUUAUUGUGAAACAUGGCGGCGGAGCGGGGAAGGCGCAGUGAUCUAGCAAAUUGUCUACGGUGCCGAUUCAGAAUUCAAAAUAGUACUGAAUAAUUAUUGUAGCGAAAUAUACAGGGUUUAAAAUUCAGUCGAGACUAAUUAUACUCUAUGGUUUUAAGUUUAUAAAACCCUCCCCGCCCUGCGUCACGGUUAAGGUAACGAUUAGGUACUACGAAAUAAUGUCGAGACUGGGAGAGAAAUCCCAAGGGUUAUUCAUAGUAAAUAAUUCACCAAAUAAUAUUAUAAAUGAAUGAAUAAAUGUAUGUUAACGCAAUGUCAUUGUGAAUUACCUAGCUAGUAAGUUUACAAUAUAAAGAGGAGUAUGUUAGCCAUAUUGCUAAAGCAUAUUAUUGUUAAGGUUCAUGAAACAUCUCAAGUCUACAUACAAUAGUUCCUUUGUCAUGUGUCAUUUAUAAUCAUACGAGUAACGCAGAAAAUAAAAAGAUAUUCAUAAAAAUAUUGUAUAAAAUAAUGUACCGAUUAAUUAUUUGCUAUCUCAAAUAUGAUUUUUCUUGAAUAAACAUUUACAUACAAGA